AUACAUGAUUGUUUCCUGAUUUGUAUGUGAUAUGUGUAUUGUUUUCCUAGAAGAAUUGUGUAUUUUCUCAAAUGGCUUGCUUGGCCAAUUUGAAACAAGAUAUACGUGUACUUGAAACAAAUUUUACUAAAACCCAUAAUCGUUUUCAAAUACGAACAGCCACAGUUGACGAGAUAACGUGUCGUUUCAUCGGGAAAAAUGGAGAAAAAUACGACGUUCAGGCCAACAUAACGGAAACCUAUCCUCAGUCUGCACCAAUAUGGUUUAGUGACAGUGAAGAUGCAAGUGUUGUUGGCAUUGUUGGGGAGCUUGCCAAUACACCAAAGGAACAGUUUAAUAUAUUGUACCAAACUAAGCUCCUCAUAGAAGGGCUGUGUAGACUUCAUGAUCUAGAAGUGCCUACAGAAGUCCAUGCACUAGAUGAUGCUUUGUCUAAAAGAGGCAUUGUCAUAAAAAUGAACGUUGAUCCGGUGUCUGAGGAUGAGGACGAAGAUGAUGAUUUUCAUUAUGACAUGGAAGAAGAAACUCACAGUACUGAACAGAAGGCCAAGGAAGAAGUUGAUGGAAUUGAUGUGGAGAAUCUAGCUGUUUUAGAAAGAUUAAAACAAAAUCAGCGACAGUCUUACCUAAAGCAGGGAUCAGUGGUUGGGUCUGUGCAAGCUACCGACAGGCUGAUGAAGGAAUUAAGGGACAUAUACAAAUCAGAUAGCUUCAAAAAAGAAAUCUACACAAUUGAACUUGUAAAUGACUGUCUAUAUGAAUGGAAUGUCCGAUUAAAAAAAGUUGACAAAGACAGUGCUCUGUAUAAUGAUAUGCAAGUUUUCAAAGAAAAAGAAGGCAAGGACCACAUACUUCUGAAUUUUACAUUUAAAGAGACUUUUCCCUUUGAUCCACCUUUUGUUCGUGUGAUAUGCCCCGUAGUGUCUGGAGGCUAUGUUCUUGGUGGUGGCGCCAUCUGUAUGGAGCUGCUCACAAAGCAAGGUUGGAGUAGUGCCUACAGUAUUGAGUCUGUCAUACUUCAAAUCUCAGCCACUCUUGUUAAAGGGAAAGCUCGCAUUCAGUUUGGGGCAACUAAAAAUCAAUACUCACUUGCAAGAGCACAACAGUCUUUCAAAUCAUUGGUUCAAAUCCAUGAAAAGAAUGGAUGGUUCACACCCCCUAAAGAAGAUGGUUAAUGCUGGACCUCCAUUCAUUCUGCUGUAAAAAAUUAUGUGUACAUAUAUAUAUCAUUAUUUUGUUGCUAAUUGACAAUGUACAUUUUUGUGUGAUUGAGUUGUAUUGCAGUCUUUUUUUUGUCUAGCAGUUUUGUCUGGAACUGACCUGGUCAGCAAAGUUUUGUCUGGAACUGACCUGGUCAGCAAAGUUUUGUCUGGAACUGACCUGGUCAGCAAAGUUUUGUCUGGAACUGACCUGGUCAGCAAAGGUUUGUCUGGAACUGACCUGGUCUGCAAAGUUUUGUCUGGAACUGACCUGGUCAGCAAAGUUUUUUCUGAAACUGACCUGGUCAGCAAAGGUUUGUCUGGAAAUGACCUGGUUGGUAAAGGGUAAAGCUGGUAUGUUAUGGUACACAUAUCUAGAGUUGCUUUCUUCAGAUAACAUGUUGUCUUUGUGGUUGCCCCCACACCUGGUAGUGGUGGCUCCCCCCCCCCACAUCUGGUAGUGGUGGCCCCCACACCUGGUAGUGGUGGCCCCCCACACCUGGU